AGAAGUAGAAAGGAGAAGACGAGCUAAAUUUGGACCAAUGAUUCCUCAAGAAGAAUUUGAGGGUCCAAUAAAACUAAGAACAAUGGAUUAUCAUGGGGAAAUUAUAGUCUCGUCACUCAUUCAUCAACACCGUUGGCAUAGAUGA